CAAGAUCGCAUGCUGGGCAAGACCUUUGAAGAGACGUACGAGCUGCUCGAGCGCGUGGGCCGCGGCAACUUUGGCGAAGUCCACCGCAUCCAAGAGAUCGCGACGGGGCGCGUCUGUGCGCUCAAGCGCAUCCGCAUUGGCGGCGACGCGGAGAAGAUGACGCUGAUUCCGUCGGCGGCGUUCAACGAGAUCCAAGCCAUGCAGCACCUCGCGCACCCCAACAUUGUGCAGCUGCUCCAUGCGGUACCCGAAGGUGCCUCUGUGGGCCUCGUACUCGAGUACAUGGCGACCGACCUGGCACAGCUUAUGGCACGGGCGACGACGCCCUUCUCGCCGCAAGAGGUCAAGUCGCUCAUGUACAUGCUGCUGCGCGGAGUCGAACACUGCCACCGCCACAAGAUCAUGCACCGGGAUAUCAAGCCGGCCAACCUUCUUCUCGACAAAGACGGUGUCCUUAAGCUCAGCGACUUUGGACUCGCCACUGUGUACACGGGACCGAGUCGAGAAUACAGCCACACGGUUGCGACGCGCUGGUACCGCGCACCAGAACUGCUCUUCGGCUCGCGCUGUUACGACUUGUCGGUCGACAUGUGGUCCGUCGGCGUUAUCUUUGGCGAGCUACUGCAGCACGCGCCAAUGUUUCCAGGCCUGAACGACAUUGACCAGCUCUUCCGCGUGAUCCAAGUCCUGGGGUCGCCGACGUGGGCCGGUGUCGAGAGCUUGCCUGACUACCACAAGGUGUCGUUUCCGUCGUUCUCCGCCAUACCACUGGCCGUGUUGCUGCCAGAAGUCCCGGUCCUUGCACGGGAUCUAUUGAGCCGUCUUCUCGAGUACGAGCCCAGCAAGCGCAUUUCGGCGGCAGAGGCGCUGCACCAUCCGUAUUUUUUGGCGCACCCGACGCCCGAGGCAUCCAUUUCGCCCGACCGACUCGUGAUGGCCGGCCUCGGAAAGCGAGAUACGACGAGCGACGAUUUUGCGCUGCCAAACAAACCGGUUCUGGACCUCGACAUUGGGUUUCUUUAA